GUGGGAAAGAGGCUGGCCAGCCAGUUUACUUGGCUGCAGCUGGCCGCCUGGGUAGGGCGCUCUUUCACUCCACUCCGAGAGCUUGGCCCAGUCUAUCUGAUUCGGUCACCAUGGAUUUCAGGGAAAUUCUCAUGAUAGCUUCUAAAGCACAAGGAGUCAACAACGUACCGAAAAGGUAUAGUUUGGCAGUGGGUCCACCCAAAAAAGACCCAAAAGUUAAGGGUGUCCAAUCAGCAGCCGUACAAGCUUUUCUCAGAAGAAAAGAAGAGGAACUCAGACGAAAAGCCUUAGAGGAAAAAAGAAGAAAAGAAGAACUAGUGAAAAAGCGAAUUGAACUCAAACAUGACAAGAAAGCAAGAGCUAUGGCCAAGAGGACAAAGGAUAAUUUCCAUGGUUACAAUGGGAUUCCUGCUGAGGAAAAGUCAAAGAAGAGACAGGCAACGGAAAGUCACACUAGUCAGGGAACAGACCAAGAGUACGAGAUGGAAGAAGAGGAUGAAUUCUUAGACUACAAUCAAGCAGCAUCAGAGCAGGAGUAUGAAGAAGAGCAAGAACCUCCCAAAGUUGAAAGCAAACCAAAGGUCCCCCUUAAAGGUGCCCCACCAGUCAUGAACUUCACUGAUCUGCUGAAGCUGGCUGAGAAAAAGCAGUAUGAACCCGUGGAAAUCAAGGUAGUGAAGAAAACAGAAGAGCGGCCUAUGACUGCACAAGAACUUAAGGAGCGAGAAUUCCUUGAACGAAAGCAUAGGAAAAAGAAACCUGAGACAGAUGCAAGACUACCUCCAACCAAAAAGGCACCCUCUCAGAAAGAAAGCGUGGGCACAAAACUUAGGAAAGUUUCUGGGGACAAGCUUCCUUCUUCCAAGGGUACUCCCCUUCUUCACGCUGAGAAAAAAUCCAGGCCCAGCACUGCUAAUGAGAAACACGUGGGUUUGUCUUCAUCCAAAUCCAUGCCAGGAGUGAGGACCAAAGUAAGAUCUGGCAGUUGCUCCCAACCCUCAUUUCGUGAGGGCCAUGACAGACCUGUUUUUAACGGGACUGGAAAGAUCCAUUCGAGCACUUAUUCACCAGGUGUCCCAAAGACUUCUGCUAAAGGGACUCAGAAAUCUGCUACUGAGCACAAAGCCAAAAAAUCUCCCCCCCAUCCCAGCCAUUCCAGGCCUGGGCCCAUGAGCACCCCACAUAAUAAGGCUAAGAGUCCAGGUGUCAGGCAGCCAGGCAGCAGCUCCAGCUCAGCCCCUGGGCGGCCUAGUGUAGGGACUGCUCGGCCUACAGCUAGUUCUGGCUCGGUGCCCAGGCGCCAGAAUGGCAGCUCCAGCUCAAGACCUGAACGACCAGUCAUUGGGACCAAGAGACCAGCCAGUGACUUAAAUCCUUCUGGACGGACAGUCAGUGGUAGAAGUGGUCCUGGACAAUCCAUCAGUCGCCCAGGUGCUUCUGGGAGAUCAGUGGGCAGCUCUGGUGGCCCUGGGCGGCCUAUGAACAGCCCAAAUGACCUUCGACGACCAGUGAGUGGCCCAGUGCCCACCGGGCGGUCAGUCACUGGCCCUAGGCAUUCAGUAAGUGGCUCAGUUCCAGCAGGACGGACUGUCGGUAGUUCAGGCCCUGGAAGACCAGGGAGCAGCUUGGCACCUGGGCGGAUAGUUAGUAGUGCAGGACCCUCCUUGAAGCCCAAGUGCACUGUUGUCUCAGAAACAAUUUCUUCCAAGAAUAUCAUUAGCCGGUCCAGCAAUGGACAGAUGAAUGGAAUGAGGCCUUCCUUGUCUGGCUACAGACCUGCCCCAGGUCCUCAAAGGCUUUCCUUCCCUAGUGGUUACAAAAGGCAGAGAGACUAUGAAGAGGAAGAAGAUGACUAUGACUCCGAAAUGGAAGAUUUUAUCGAAGAUGAAGGAGAAUCUCAGGAAGAAAUAUCCAAGCACAUUCGAGAAAUCUUUGGCUAUGACCGAAAAAAAUACAAAGAUGAAAGUGAUUAUGCCUUACGUUACAUGGAGAGUAGUUGGAAAGAGCAGCAGAAGGAAGAAGCGAGGAGUUUAAGACUAGGUAUGCAAGAGGACUUAGAGGAAUUGAGACGUGAGGAAGAAGAACUGAAAUGCCGAAAGGGCAAGAAGCUGAAAAGGCAUUAACUGCUGCUUUUAUUUUUGUGAAAUUCUGGAGAGACUCUGCUGCAAGGAAGUCCUGCCUUCAGACUGAAGAAGCCCCUUUAUCAAUCAUUUUAGAUUUAUACUUGGGUCCUAAGGAGAAGGAAUGCAUACUGUAUACUUUGAGCAUAAAGUAUUUUCAAAUACUUUCCAGGGCGAAAUCUGUGAAGCAGAUGACAUCCUGCCCAGUGAGUGCUCUUAUGACAUUAACUGUUCACAGGUGCCAGCCUUGAUCCUGAUGAGCUAUGCACUCUAAUGUGGGGCCACUCAACAGUCAGCCAAUCUUCUAUUGUUCCUUUGUUAUGUUAAAAAGGAAAAAAAAGAUUGCUUCUUGACUUCCAUAGUUCUGCUGAUGCGUGAGUAGGGCAAUGGCCAACUCCCAAGCCUUUUUUUCUUUUUUUUUUUUUAUGAGGAACCUGGCCCUUUAUGAAUGUUGCAAGCAAUAAAGUGACCUGUCCUAAUCUGUAUGUUUGGAUUGAGAACUUGAAAAUGUAGAGUAGGCUUUAUAAUCAUCAGAUGGAAGUCAUCUCUCUGACUUUGAAUUAAAAAGUAGAAUAAAUUAUAUUGUAUUCUGUAUUCAUGGAUUGGAUGCUGAGCAUUCUUAUUCACUAAUAUAGGUGAUUAGGCAAUUAACAAAAAAAAUUGCAAGUUAAAAUACAAGUGAUGCCAUUUAAUAGAAUAUUCUUUUUCAUGUUAUCCUUUCAGAUUUCUUGUGAAAUAGACAAUGUCACUGCUGAUUUUUAUCUAAAAGUUCAUUUUUAUAUUGAAGAAAAUAAUAUUUUAUUCAAACGUUAGAGUUGGAAGAGUAAUAGUUUAAAAAAAUAAGCAAGUAACAUGUGAGGCUCCCCCUUCCCCAUCUCCCCCUGUAAAGAUACUUUGGAAUCCAAGGUGCCCUUGCAUCCCUUGAUGUUAAUGACUUUGCAUUUUUAUCUUAAAAUUCCUUAGCAAUUAAGGCAAAAACCAAAAAUUAAAUUCAUGUGUAUCAAGAGCACCACCUUCUCUUUUUGCCCAUAUUGCACUUUUAUUUCAAACUAUGCACUGUGAAGAUUUUUUUCUCCCCAAGUAGAAAAGGAUGUUCCCUGUUACUGGUGUUAUACUGGGCUGUGGACCUUCAUUCUCACCUUUCUUCAAGUCCUGUCUGUAGACUUACUAUCUCUUAAGCCACAAAUCCAAGCAAUUCCAAUCAGGCUGAUUUAGGUUCUGGUUGGAGAGAAGCCAAGUCUCAUGGAAAGUCAUCAACAAAAAAAUGAUACGCUGAUGAUGGAGAGCAUUUGUCCUUGAUUCUAAAUGCAGAGGGUUGGGGACAGUGAGACAUAAGCUUAUAGAAUGGUUCUACUAUAUUGUGGCUACUUUAAACCAUUGGGUGGUAGGGAUUAAGUAAGAAUGGUUGUUCUACAAAGAAUCCUUCCUCUUCAGUAGGUCCAAAGCUUGUUUAGGUGUGUUCCUUUUUACUCAUUGAGCUUUCUUUAUUCUUCAAGCUUGGGUAUUACAGAUGACCAUCAUCAGCUUUUCUUCAUGGGUCAACUGUGUGACCCAGUCCCUUAGACUCUGACUCAUUUUGAAUUGACUUUCAAGGUUUGAAAGUGCAAUGAUUUAAUUUUGAAGUUGAAUCCAAUGAAAGGUUUCGCCAUCAUUAGGAAUAACACCCUUUCUAAUAUUCCACAUAGACUGUUACACUGGUGGCAGAAAAUCCUGUUAACUCUCUCUCACCCAUCUCAAAUACCUUCAGUGAAAUUGAUUUAAGGGUAGUGUGAUGUUCCACAUAUUAAAACAGGUUGGGAACAUUAUUUCCUUUGCUGUCCCUUACGUGGUUUUUUUCCCCCCAAAAGUUGUUUUCUUGUAUAUAUUUUUUUUCAAUAUUCAAACUCCUUGAUAUUGGCAAUUACAAUCACGUGCUUGUUACAAAUGAUUUUUUGGUUACUUAAAUUAACUAGCACUUUACUCAGUGAUAUUGAGCAGCCAUUUGUACAGAAAGGCACGAUUGUGCUAGAUAAAAGUUGCAGAACUUGGUAAGAAGAGUCAGGUUGUGUCCUUGUGUCUGCCACUUCUGAGUGCAUUUCCUCCAUAAUAUAGAUGUUGAUUUGCUGUUAUUGAACAUAAAUAUUAAUAAAAAGGCACUUCUGUAGCUCAUUUUUAAAAAAUUGAGUGUUUUAAGUUAAUUUUGGCCUUGUUUCCAAAUCCUGUCUUCCGUUUUGUUCUUCAGUUCCUGACCACUCCUACAGAAAGCUCACAAACCUUUCAAGAAACUGGAAUAGGCUGUUAUUUUAUCAAGGUUUACAAAUUUAAAUGUGUGAUUUCUAAUGUAUCCUCUAUUGUUUUCAUUUUCAGAUUUUCUUAAGUCAAUAUUUCAAGAUGUGCCUUUUAUUGGGUAAUGUUAAUUCAUGAAUGUAGUAAUGUUAUUUCACAAUUGUAAUAAUGUUACGUGAUCAUGGGUGUGGUAUUCUCUAACAGAUGAUGUGAAAGGAAAGUAGUUACAAAAUUCAAAUGCCUCUGAUUGCACAGUCGCACUUGCUUUUAAUGUUGCUAUGACAAAGCAAGGGGCACUUUCUUUUAAGGCUACUUUCAGAACUUAGUAUUUUCUCUAAAUUAUAAAUGCAGUUACGUCCAUUUGGAGGCCAGGGUACCACACGGCACAGGCAGCCUUCCGGGUAUGCCGUGACAAGGUUCAAAGACUUAAUAAAAAAGAAAGUCUGUGGGAACUCGAAAUUUCAUUUCUUAAAUGUAAUCCCCAAGAUUUUCUCCAAGAAAUUAUUUACUGUUUUUGUAUUUUAUAACUUAAAAGCAGCUAUUAGUACAUUUCUGAGAUGUAGCAGGAGACCAAAACAUGUUUGGAAAGAGAAUAAAUCUAUAAAGAGAGACUGGUUGGUUUAUUUUCAAUGUGCUGAAUAUAUCAGACUAUUUAUUUUAUGCGUGAACAUGAUGAGAUAAAUAUUCGGUUGUUUAGUGUAUAAUUAAGAAUGGGACAUAGAUUUCUUUUGAGUUAUUAAAUCCAUCAUGUCUUUAACAUAAUGGACAAAUCAAGUUUAGAAACAUUUACAUAGCUUAGCUUGUUAAUCUGGUGCUGUUGACCUGCAAGAGAAUCUACUUUUGCAUAUACAGGUGAAAGUUUUACAAUUUAUGUAUAAAGAAAUUGUAGGCAUUAAAAAUAUUUUAUUGAUAUUUUCCCUGGUUUGCACUUAUUUAUCAAAACCCAUAUUCCUUAUUUCAUCACCCUGAACAUUUUUCCAGCUAGAACCUCCAGUAGACUCAUCACACUUCAGAGAUGGGGUUUGCCUCCUUACACACAUCUCUGCUCAUUCUCCCUCACACAUUCACAUCUGCUCAGAUCCUACUACUGAUACCUUGUCUCCCC